CUGUGUCAGCAGUGGGAUAGCAGGGCUCCUGAGGAACCCCAACAAAACCAGCUCCACCAUCACCCCAGCUGCUGGCAGGGUUGUUGACGGCCGUGCUCGCGGAGGGAGCUCCGUGGUCAGGCCCAGGUUUGAAUCCAGGGUGUUCCACAAGCCUGCUGACAGCAGCGAGGCCUUCAUCACCCUCCCUCUCAGAGAAGGGGAGAGCAUUCAUUUAAUAGCCAGUGAUUUGACCAGAAAGAAUCUUCUCCAUCUGAAUCAAGAGGCCCAAGGAGUUAAGAAGCUAUCAGUUCGUCUCGCACAAGCUUGCGACGGCGCAAGAACCCAGAGAU